AGUGAGCGACGUAGUUUCCAGCAUAUCCUGUCCUAUCCUUAUCCUACGUACAGUACUAAUUAUUAAUUACUCCUUCGAAAUACUGAUCUUAGAGAGUCCUAGGCGCAUCUAAUUAUUAAUUAACUGUCCUGUCCUACGGUGCUAAUUAACCCAUCUCGUGCUUUAAAGUUAUUUGAGUCUCUUCAUUUGGUGGAAAAGAAGGAUGUCCGAUCAUCCGGAGGAUCAGGCGUUCGGGAAGACUCCGAAAACCGGAUUUUUAGACGGCUUGGCCCCUGUAGGCGGAGGCGGGGAUGCGCUGGUGCCGGAAAAGAGUAUUAUGUUGAACUAGCCGACAUCUGUUGUUCUAGGGGAGUCGUCCGCUCUUUUUAUGAGUCCGGCGCUUUCUUCUGAAGAUCAACGUCCUCCACAAGUAUACCAAAGGAGCACUUACUACCUCUGUUUACAACUUUCAAUAUAGGUCUUAAGGUAGUCUACCUGAGUGUACUAAUACUAUGUCUAUGCUGAUAGAUUGCGCAAGUUUUGGCUUUGAUUUUCUAACCUUCUUGACAACUUCAUCGGGAUUGAUGAUUUAUUUCUAAGUUUGACAAGGAAGCUAGUACUUGUAAGGAUUGAUGAUUUAUUUCUAAGUUUGACAAGGAAGCUAGUACUUGUAAGGAUUGAUGAUUUAUUUCUAAGUUUGACAAGGAAGCUAGUACUUGUAAGGAUUGAUGACUUAUUUCUAAGUUUGACAAGGAAGCUAGUACUUGUAAGGGGCUUCAUCCACAUUUUUUUGAGUGUAUUCAAAUACGCCGUUCUUCUUGUUCUUCUUUUUGUGGUUCCAAAAGCAUGGGCAUCGUCCUUCUUCUUCUAACAAGCUUGAGGUCAGCGGAAUGAUGCGGCGAGACAUGAAUGUCGAUCCGUUGGCACCUGGCUUUGGAUUUGGGGACGUGCCGGAAACGGGUUUUUUGGAUGGUGACGGCCUGAGUGCUAGUGAUGCUUAAGAAAUCCAUCUUUAGUGUAUCCUUGGAGGUCGACCAUCUUUAGUAGUCCACGUGCUUAAUCUUUAGGAGCAUCUUCUUGGAGCUGGAUCUUCGUUCUAAAGGGGGGAAAUAGAGACAAACGGGUGGUCGUGGGGUGAUGCGGUUUUACUGGUCCUUUUGUUUCUCUAUUUUGCUAGGUAGGUACCCGUACCACGACAAGAAUACAAUCGCGUCCAGGAUCAUGACUCUCAAAAUGGACUCCGGGGAGGUACUCUAAGAUACCUUCGUCGCAAAGCGGGAUAGCCAGGCAGAUAUAGAAGCCCUUCGACUGCAGGCAAAUCCGUUCGUGGUUACGACUGUGGUCACCAAUCGGACUAGUAACAAAAAUUGUACUAAUGAAUCUAGUAAUAACUAGUACUUAAUAUACAACAUAGUACCUACAAGAUCGAUGAAAGUCAUGAAGUAUACAGUUGACCGCAGCGGAAGGCUCCUCUAGCACUCUUUUUUGUCUAAGGUCUACCUGAUUAUACAUGAAGGAUCUAGAAGGUAUAACGCUGACCAAGAACUAAAGCCAGAAACUCUACUGCUUUUAAUAAACUUACGUCCUCUACUCUUCACUGCGUCCAAAUAAUUGUAAGCGAAUUGUCAAGAAUUCAAUACAAUAAUACAUUGUUACUUUCAAUGGUUCGGAGAUCGUUCGUAGCCUCUAUUCGCAAUCGCAAUGUUUAUUUUAAUGCCUCUAUUCGCAAUGUUUAUUUUAAUGAGUCUGCUGGUUUUCGAGGGGCUGCGGAAGCAGACGUGGGCGAACUGCUGGCACCCAGGCGUGACGCCGAUGAGGAGCUAUUAGGUACUGCCGAGGAAUAGAGCUAUUAGGUAAAAAAAUGUUUUGGUUUUUUCAAGUUGAGUUCUCGUCUCUGAGAGAUUGUAUGGUUCCUGAAUUUGAUCAUCAGGGUUUUGGUAGGGGUAGCCUGAUUCGAUCAUAAGGGUUCCUGAAUUUGACCAUGAGAGAUUGAUGAUUUGGUAACCUGAAUUUGAUCAUAAGGGUUCAUUAUACGUUAUGAGGAAGUAAAAAAAGUGCUGAGUCUUUGGUCUUCCUGCUCGGUUUAAAAACACUAUUAGGUACUGCGCAAGCGUUGGAUGCGUACGCCGCACAACUGCGAGAGCGUAGCAUUCGCGAAAAGAUGGAGACUUAAGGCAGACUGUUUUAGUUUUUCUCAUGUGACCGCCAUCACUGUGAAUGGUUCUGGUAUUUGGUAACCUGAAUUUGAUCCUAAGGGAAAACAAGAAGAGAACCCUUAACACAUGACUUAAGUAGGCAGACUGCUGCUGACCACCACGACGCCUUUUAUGGCACAGCUUCUUCUCUUUUCUUUACUGAUCAUGAUGAGUGACACAUCACAUCUAAGAGGCGAAGAUAGCCGCCGACAAAAUCGCGCGAGAAAAGGCGAAGGCGGAGGAAAAGCGACAAGCAGAGCAGCGCGUUCGCGACGAACAGCAGCGGAGGGCGCAAGAGGAAGAGCGGCAAAGAAGAGAGGUACAGUUAAGACCUCUGGGGAACGGGUGAACAAUAGGUCUCAUAUCUAUUGAGAAAAAUAGCACGCUGGACCUUCCCCGUCUAAAGGUGGGGAUCACAGCAGCACUUUUAGGCAUCUUCACGGUGUGCACUGUACUAGUUCACUAGCUCUUCAUACUAGUACGCCGCCCGCUUCUCAUCAUCAUGGGAGACUGCGGGAAGUUCUAAUAUGUGAAGCCCAAGAAGCGUUCGAAAGAGAGCAGCGAGAACUUGAAGCAGCACAGUAUGGCAUUGCUGUUCUUGUCAGGUGUAGUAAUACUCCAUGCGCUCUAUGGCUAUUGUUACAGAUAAAGUGUAGCACCCCAUCCACUCUAUGGCGUAGGAAUACUCCAUCCCUUUUGAUAUAACUGUAGUUACAAAUAUUUAUUUCGAAGCUGCGCCUUAUGAUUGUAGCCUGAUACAAAUAUCUAGGCAUUGCUCUUGUUACAGAUAUUUAGGCACCCCUUAUGAUUGUUCCUGAGAAUUGUUGCAAAUGCACUUAGAGUUACGUAGAGCAAGAUGUCUUGCUUGCAGUUGCGUAGUUGCAACUCUACAUCUCGCACAUUGUUAGAUACUUAGGCACUUAGAAUACUACGAACAAUUGCGUUGCAACUCUCCUCGUAGAUUGUUACCGGCAGCACGGCUCCUCUCCCUCCUUUAAGGUAAAGAUGCAGCCUUGCAGGCUCAGCGAGAGCAAGCUCAGCGAGAGCAAGCUCGGCGAAAGCAAGAAGAAGCAGCUGGGGCGAGACGUGACUCCGCUGCGGAGAGGGCGGGCGAUGUCGAUGAUACGGAAAUGCAAAGCCGAGGUUUACGACUCCUAGCAAGUCAUCUCUGGAUGUGGAGUUUCCUGCAUUAAAAUUGAGUACGACUCCUAGCAAGUCAUCUCUGGACCACGUGGGGUUUACUGAGUAUACCUCUGGCGUGAGUAUGGGCUUGAGUAUAGUUAUAGUACCUCUUUAGAAUUAAGUGCUACGGCGCUUAGAUCUAGAUGUAUUAUGUUGUCUAAGUAUGAUGUACUACGUUGCUCAUUUGAUCUUGUGCUACGUGUUGUAGGAACUACUCUCCGAAGUCAAUACUGUUAUCAUCAUGCGGGCUGUCGACAUCCACAGAUCAGACUUAGAUUUCUGUAGGCAGAAUAAGUAGAAGUAGAAGGAGCACGCAUUGCCCGAUCUUCAGUCUACGUAUAGUUUCUAUCUGAUAUUCGAACUCAUGUUGCCCAUGAUCGACGAACGAGGUCCCCAGUCGUCUCUCUUUCAGCAUCGUGCGCACAAUAUGAAUACGAAUUACUACUACAACUACGCGCUAACUAUGUAAAUACAGUGACUCGGCCUUAUAUAUACCACGCCAGACCAUUUUCUUUCAUAUUCUGGACAAGAAGAGCCGGCGCGCAUGUCAAAGUCAAAGGGCGUGGACGUGUCCACCCCCGCCAGACGUCGGUGGCAGCUGAUACGGGAAAAAUUUUUGAAAAACGCGCCAAAACCCGACUACGCGAAGCAACAGGCAAAGGGCGCAAACUUCAUGCAACAGCUCAAGGGUGCUUAUAAAGGCAUGCUCAAGGGGAAAGGAAAUUACGAACCUGCGUGACUGCGUUAUAUAUGACUUGAUGUGACUACUUCUACUCAUUUCACGCUGGAGAUUCAUUGACGCAGUUCGCCCUUGACUACUUGGUAUUAAUUUCUUGAAGUUGAUCGAAGAGAAAGACAAAGAAACUGCUUUGUCACGAAGAUUUUACUGAGUUGAAGAGAAAACUUACUCGGCGGUGAAUUAUUCUCGACAUUAAGUCGCUCAGCACUGUCACACAGCUGUGGCAUGAAGAUUCACCAACCGCUUCGACCUUAUUUCCUUACUUUAUUUUUAUUUUCCCAAGAAGAGUAAAAGCAAUUCCUAUUUUAUGUAUUUCUAUUCAGUCUUUCGUUUUUUUGACUUCUCGCUCAGUCUCUUGCUUCACUUUGUGUCUACAGGUAGGCCCUGUCUGCACUUACACAGAAUUAUUCUAGUUCGCCACUUUUCCUACCACCAAGGACCAGCAAGUCCUAGAGGGUUUUACCCUUGGUUUCCUAAUUACUACAGCCCAGUUUUACAGUUAGUCUUUUUUGCUCUGCUUGUUCAUCAUUUGGCGGCCACGCCUGCGCAACAGCAGCAGGCCGUUCCCAGUCAAGGGUACGAGCACGACGACGACGACGACGGCAGUAUUAUUAAGGCUAGCUUCAUUGGUGUAUCGUCUUUGUUCCACAUGUUCGCUCUGACGGUGCAGGUCACCCUGUGGACGGCGAGUCAGCUCCUAUCCUCUUUUGGCGUGCACCUAGUGCAAGCACAAUGAGGCUAGUAGUUUCUCUUCAUUGUAUGCACUUGAAAAAUAGGCUCUCUCCACGGAUAUGAUCUCCAUUCACUCAAUAUCUUUAGCGCGUCGAAGCUAGAAAUCUAUGGGUCUACUUGUACUUGUGACGUACAGACUGUACCACACAGGGAAAGGCCAACGCGGAAGGAGCUCCUCUAACUUUGUGCUUAGUGCAAACUCAGGGAUGCAAAGUAUGAGAUCCGGCGUCGGUGGCGGUGGAAAAUCUUUAGCCGAGCACUUCGCGAUGAAAUCAAUGAUGAACGAUGAGGAGCCAAAAUCAACAGGAAGCAAGCAGCGGGCUGCUGCUCGAGCUGUCCGAGGCUUGGACCUUGACGGCCUCAUUCCCGAUUCUGUCUACUGGCAGACGAGACUUGCCAACGCAGAGUCCCUUAUGGAAACGCACUCAUACGCAAAAAAAGACGCAGCUGCCUGCCGAGAACGUGCUACAACCUCAAGAAGCUGACUACGUUCUAGGCGGGGAGCUGCGCCUUUUCGUGAGUACUGUGAUAGAUUAAAUAGCUUCCUUUUCCUCGUGGGUGCUAUGGGUACACCUCUCAUAUUGUUGGUGGUCUUCUCACUCGACAACGAGACUGCGGAUGACUUCCUCUAUUGGGACGCUUUUUAUCGGCUGCUCGCGGUUUCAAUCAUUCCGCCGCUGAUGCUGGUCAUUAAGGAGUUUAGAAGUCAUCAAAGGCCUUACUUAGCAGUAUCCUAAAAGGCAAAAGGCCGCUAGACCAACUACGGAGCCGCUGUAACAUUCAUUGGUCGACUGAAGUGCCUGUGCCUAAUAAUGUUUGGGUUUGCAGAGAAGUACUAAAACUCACCAAGAAACAGAAAGUAGAGUGAGCGUGGCCAUUUAAAUUUAUCUCUACUCCCUGCUCCCAGAUGCAUAGACAUCACAGCUGGUAUUCGGUAAGUUCAUAGAGGUCUAAUGAGGCGUGGAUCUUCAUCCUGUUCUUUAUCAGCACCGAAACCAAGUACCGAGUUCGCCGAAUAGCAGUGGCUGAAGACGGGGUGCACUAUCAGCUACCGGUAAAUUUUUGUUUUGGAGAUUAUAAGACAACAGAGGCGCCUGCUCUCUACUUAGGUAAGACGCCUGCUUUGGGAUUAAGAAAAUGCAGACUGCGCUCUACUUACACGCAACAAACUAUGCACAGUUGCAGCAGCGGCACUCAUAUCUGUGCCUGCUUCUCUCUGAACAGUGUCAGUCUAACGCGUGCGCACCUGUCUACUCGUCUCUGUGUCCACUAGUGCGUCUACUCAUCUCUGCACUCUGUCAGUCCAACUCAUAACGAGCUACUUACAGUGUCAGUCUACAACUCCUCUACUCGUCUCUGUUUCUGUAUGACUAGUUGUCUACGCAUCUUUGUGACGCGUGUGUCUACUCAUCUCUCUACCCCCGUUCACAGCGCGAGGGCGAACUUAAGGAUGACUUCAUGCUGCCGUGGUCGCAGAUGGCCGAAGUCACCAUUGUGGACGAAGAGAGCGACUGCACUGAUUAUGCUUGAAGCUUUAUUUUGUUAGUAACUCACGUUUUUCGUCUUGCUGAUAGUAAAGAAUGACUAUCAACUUGAGACGCACUGAUGACAUAACUUAAUGGCGCUUCCUCAUGUUCAUGUUCUAAGGUCUACGCGCUUACUUUGCUACUAACUCACUUUCUCAGAGUUGAAGACCCACGAAAAAAUAAUCUGCAGUGUGAUUAUGCCGAAGUUGAUGCUUGAGCGCAAAGCUGGCAACUCCACAGGUCCACAGUAGUCUAGUUGUGCAAGAACUGAGAGCAAUUGUUGCCGUUGGUGCUACAACUACAAGUAAACUAGUACUAGCAGGGCCUAUGACGUGUUGUUGGUACUAAAAGUAAACUAGUACUAGGACCUUUCCCCUCGCCGCGUUCAUCACUUGGUGGUUAUCCAGCGCAAAGAAGACCCAGGCGGCUUCAAUUCGAUCCAUAUUUUUGGCCUCGAAGAUCCUCAAGAAUUUGCCAACCUGUUGAUGAACCAAGGUGGUGACCAAGAGGAAGAAUACUAG